AUGUCGAAUGCGGUCGAGGAAGAAAAAAAAAGGUGUGCUGAAAAGGGACAGAGAAACGAGAUUACUGUAUCCGGCGAUGGGUCCUGGAGAAAGCGGGGAUUUUCCUCUUUGUUUGGUAUUGUGUCAUUAAUCGGUUGGUACACUGGUAAAGUUCUGGAUAUUGUGGUAAAAUCUAAAUACUGCAAGGCCUGCGAAUAUUGGAAAAAGAAAGAAGAUACUGCGGAAUACAAGGAGUGGAUAGAAACACAUGAAGAAAAUUGCCAAUCGAAUCACGAGGGAUCUGCUGGAAGAAUGGAAGUGGACGGUGUACUUAAAAUGUUCCAGCGCUCCGAAGAACUCCAUAAUGUUAAAUACGCGAACUACGUCGGAGACGGUGACAGCAAAACGUUCAAAGAAACACAUGGGUACUCGACUUCGAAAUCUGAAAAAAAAUCAAAAGGAUUAGGUGGGAAAGGUAAACUGACAGGUAAACUCAUUGACGAACUAAGUAUAUACUACGGCUUAGCAAUCAGAAGAAACUCCACGUCUAUUGAAAAUAUGAGAAAUGAUAUUUGGGCAACAUUGUAUCACAAGAUUUCAACGAACGAGAAGCCGCAACAUGAGCGUUGCCCAGCCGGUCCAGAUUCUUGGUGCACGUGGCAGAAAGCUAAAGCUUCGAAUACUUUAGCUACAUACGUGCACAAGCCACCUAUUUCAGGAGAAGUUUUUACAGCCAUUACACCAAUUUAUGAAGAAUUGAGCAGUGAUAAUUUACUCAACCGUUGCUUAGGUGCAUUUACACAGAAUAGUAACGAGAGCUUUAAUUCAACAGUUUGGGCAAUUGCUCCGAAAAGUACAUCCAGCGGCAAGAAAAUCCUCGAUAUUUCAUGCGAUAUUGCAGUUCGCAUUUUUAAUGACGGGAUGACAAAUAUUAUGAGGAUAAUGCAGGUCCUGGGAUUAAUUAUAGGGCCUAACUGCUACAAUUUUUGUAUUGAAGUUGACGAGAGGCGUGUGAAACUGGCAGAGCGCAUACUCAGUGAUGCUGCGAGGGAGGCCCGGCAAUCAUUAAAAUCUGCCAGAAAAGAAAAAGAGGAUGAAGAUUUAAACCUAGAAGGACAGCUUUAUGGUGCAGACAUAGCAGACUAAAGCACGUUGGGUUAAAAUUCAAAAAUUUGUGCAGUAUGUUAAAAAAAAUGUUACUUGAAAC